GCAUGCUGAUGUGUGUAUUCAUGAAGAUGGUCUUUUUCUUGUUAAAAUCAUCUUUGGCUAUGGCAAGACAUAUUGCAGCAAGACUAGUGCUCUCUAAAAAACUGUUCUUGCUGAUGGCCUGAUCACGACCACCACUGACAUACUUAGUCACAUGAGGAGGAGUUGCUGUGCAAUUUUUCUGUUCAUCCAUUAUCCAUGCACCGCUGAAUCCUCUGUAGGGUCGUAGGGGGCUGGAAUCUAUCCCAGCUGACUUAGGGUGAAGGCAAGAUCCCUGACCUGGUCUAUUUUUCCAUGCAUAUUGGAGUAAUGCAAAGAUCAUUAAUGUCAGACAAUGUGGAGUGUCAACGACAAUAUAAUAUAUCUAAAUGCAGAUGUCCGUUAGGUCACUCAUCCUUUCAAACCACUAACCUGUUGUGCAGUCUUUAAUACUGAAGCUCCUGCCAUCUGUGCCCAAACAAUGAAUGUUCCUCAAAAGUAAUUUACUUAUUUAACUCUUCCCAAUAUAAAAAUCAGCAGUGACCAGGCCUGCUCAUGCCACAGAGCUUAAUUAGAUGUAAAUUGCUUGUUGCCACCAUGCAGUGCUCCUCUGUGCUCAUGUUUCCAUGCAUUCCUGCAGGAUUUUCUGAUAAUUUCUCACCUGCCUGUGUAUUUUGCUUUUUCUGUCCUCUGAAAUAUCUUUGUGUACCUGUGUUCCUGGCUGGGAUUCAAUCCAAUUUUGCUGGAAGACGUGAUUGUAAGAAUUAAAUUACACCCAGAGGUAAUUAGUUCAUGGAGGUAAGCAGUGUGUUCUGAGAAAUCCGGGAUUGAUGCCAUCUAUAGUGAGGGCGAGAAGAAGUGAUGAUGGGACCCACUUCCUCCUGUGUUUGUGUUUUGUCUCUAGCACACACUAAGAGAGAGAGGGAGGGAGGGAGAUAGAGAGAGAGUUUGCCCCACAUCUUCAUCGCUAUAACUACCCUCCUCUGGUGGAGACAGUCAGUGAUGGAGCUGUCUGCAGGCGACGAACCACGGAGCCGCCACUGAUUCUCAAAAAUUUAUCGACACUGAAGCAGGAGAUGAUGAUCAGUCUUCCUUCGGGGAAACAUCCAAAGUAAAACUACAAACUCAGUCUAAGAAAGAAAGACAGAAAGGAAAAAAAAAGACAUCCUCAUUCGCCGUGUGGACCUAAACUUCUCAAGAAACCAUUUAACAGAUUCUCCUGCUGCGACCGUGUGCAUCUGAUUGGGACCUGGUGUGUGUCAGGGGGCUAUGGUGAGGCGAUGUGCACAGGAUGGUGUGAGGAGAGAUGUACCAGCGUCGGUGGAGGGAGAGCUAAAGGACUGGAUCUGCAUUCAUGGCUGUGGGUGUCGCUUUUGUUCUCGGCUCUGUGGGGUCAGGCAUCCCUGCAGUGCCCAGACAGCUGCCACUGUGCCUGGGACACGGCCACGGUGCUGUGCUCGGACGCGGGGCUGCGGGAGAUCCCAGAGGGGAUCCCGCCAGAAACUGUCUCCCUCCACCUGGAACGCAACUACAUCCGGAACAUCCCCGAGAGUGCCUUCAGCGAUCUGGUCCACCUGCGGGACCUGUACCUGUCCCACAACCGCAUCGACUCGCUCGCCUCGGGAGCCCUGCGGCACCUGGGCCCCGAGCUGCGCCUGCUGGACCUGUCGCACAACCAGCUGAGGCAGGCCAACAGGGAGGAGUUCGGCUCCACUCGGGCAAAGACUCGCCUCUACCACAACCCCUGGCACUGUGAUUGUGCCCUCCAGGAGCUGAUGGAGACUCUCAACCUGGAGCCCGAGACGGUGAACGGGAUCAUCUGUGAGAGCUCUGUGCGCGGGGUGGGCGAGGGCAGCAGGUGGGAGGACCCGGGGUCACAGGGCGAGCACGCAGGCCAGCCGCUGGUCAAACUGUUGGAUUCUGGGGUGAACUUCUGCAGCCUGCAGAGGAAGACCACAGAUGUAGCCAUGCUGGUGACCAUGUUCGUGUGGUUCUUCAUGGUCAUCGUGUACGUGGUGUACUAUGUGAGGCAGAACCAAGCCGAGGCCCGCAGGCAUCUGGAGUACCUGAAGAGUUUACCGAGCCCACGCAAGACCCCGGCUGAGACGGACACUCUAAGCACCGGUUUCUGAACACCUGCUCAAGCUGUAAUCUAAAUGGAAUAAUCAAAUGCCAUUUUUAUGACUUCGAGACACUGCUUGGAGUUACCAUAAACCAACUGCAGAAGACAUAGACACUGAGAUAAGGAACCUUUCGCAGCUGUGUGAUUACAAUAUUUCUUUAUAUUUGUUACUGAGCCCCCCGUAUUUUUCUUAAUAUUUCUUCUCUUAUCACAUUUUUUCUCAGUUUAAUGAAAAAUAAGAAGUACUUGCUUACUCAUCCUACCAUCUGCACUGAGGGAAACGAGAAGAAACUGAAAAGUUAAAAAACAAAGUGUUGCAGAAGAAAAGAUUAAAUAGGAGCAUCAGAAAAGACAGACACUCUUUGAACGUAAUAACCUUUCAUCUCCCUUGUUGUCCUUCUCUUCUUUUCUUCUCCCAUCAUGCCUCAUGCUGUGCUCUUUUAUCUUUCAUUAAGCUCUAAUUAGGAGUCUUUGACCAACUGACCCUUAAUGAACACUUGAAAGGUGCUAAUCAGCUGGAGUGUGUUUAUCAGGUCAAAUAGGAGAGUGUGCAAACUCUAAUGUGUGUCCUCUUCUAAUUGCUUGUUUCAUUUGUGCGUGUAUGUGUGCACGUGGUGUAUUUUUGUGCAUUGUUGCGGUAGUUUUUCACUUUGAUAGCCAGACAUUGAUUUUGCACAGAUGCUAUUUAAGCCUUUCCCGAUACUCGAUCACCACGCCGGUUGUUUCGGUGCCACUUGAGAGCUGUUGAUCUAAAUUUACUCUCAGGAAGCCAUUAGAGCUGAGGGUUACCUAUUUUGUCUCCAAGCUGCAGCAACCAGCUCUGAAACAUCCGAACCAUUUAGCAUAAGUGCAGCCGUCACUGAUUGGUACAGGGAUAACCAAAUUUAGAAAUACGAUAUUACCUUUUAUCCUGAGAGAAGCUUUUUUUCCCCCAAUCUCUCGAGUCCUGUUUGUUUGGUCCUCCCACAGAGGCUGCACCAUAAUUAUUGACUUUUUUUUUUUGUCCCGACACUGUUAAAAAAAUGCUUUGAUAAUAAAUGGACUAAUUUUCUCAGAACGUUUAAUUUUCUGUAAUGUGAAAAUUAAUGCCACUGCUGGUGUGUACACUGCAGGUGUACUGAACAUCUAGCUCAGCUUCUACAUAUAUAUUAAACAAAAUCUGACGGGAUCAACAGCAGUGUAUUUUUCAAUUCUACUCGAGUUUAUUGUAGUCACAUUUACUUGCAUUCCCUGUGGAGCAUUCCCUGAGGGCAGGGGUUUAAGGUGUGAUUAAAUGUAUAAAUGUAUUUUCAUUCCUCAUUGUCAUAUUCAAAACUGUAAAAUACCUCCUUCAGUCUUCUUGUCAUUGUCAUUAUAAUGUGUGUUUAGGACAGAUGGACCACAGGUUGGAGGAUUAUUAGCAGGACACUAAAGCUAAACAUACACAAAAUUAUGUUAAUUUUUUAAAGAUUUUACUUUUUUUCUCCCUGUGUAUUAUUGGGUAUUAUUAGGUGAACUGAUGUUUAAAUAAUUAAGCAAACCAACAUGAGGAAAAUGACUUCUGUUUUGCAGAAAUUGACAAUAAGGCAGUUAAUUACAGGGGCUCAGAUGGCUCCUCCAUUGCCUUUUUUUAAUGAGUCACAAACCAAUAACUGGGACCCACUAGGUCAAGAGGUUUAUUUUUAAUAUUUUUAGUCUUACAGUACAAUUUCCCGAGCACCUUCAUCAAGUCAAAUAAUUCAUUUGUUUAGUACUAGUUUUGGUCCAGAUACCUGACAUACCUUUGCCAUGCUAAAUAGCAAAUAUUAGCAUGUGAUCAUACUAAACUAAGCUGGUCAUGGUAAACAUUAUCCUGCUUAACAUCAGCAUGUUGGCAUGUUCAGCUCUGAGCACCGUUGUGCUAAAGUGCUGUAAAGCCUCACAGAGCUGAUAGCAUGGCUUCGUCUUACUCGUGUAUCUUUAAUAUGUGAUGGAUUAAAGUGUAAGAACUUUUACGUGUUCAUGAUAUCUAAAAAAAAAUAUGACUGUGCCCCCUUUUAUCCAAGAAUUUGGUUGCAAAGUGGCAAAAGCUGAAGCAGAGCCUAGAAUAGGUCGACUUUCUGUGUUCUGUUAUGUGCUAAACGUGGUGUGCGUGCUUUGUAAACUACAGAGAAAGACUGGUUCAAGUCUGUGUUGUUCACAUGCUGUGAAUUAGAGCUAGAGACAGUAGAACUAUGAGUAGACCCUAUGGAGUAGACUGAUGUUGAUAGUGUUUUGGUCCAUGUGAAACCUGGUCUUGGUCGGUAAACCACAGGCUAAAAGAGGAUGAGAAUAUACAGGUAUAUUCGUUCUGUGACUUUCUAAACCAAACUGUCUGUGGAUCAACUUGUGAAGCAUUGUUGGUAUAACUUUACAUGCUCAGAAUAUUUCCUGAAUGUUAGCUGUUUGUCACAAAUCAUACAUGUGAUGUUCAUACGCCAGAGUUCAGUUUCCACAAAUGCAUCUAAAACGCCCUCUGACUUUUUAAGGUACAGUUCUGAAGAUGACCCCAAAACUCAAGAAUCAAACAUAUCCUUUGUGUGUAUUUUUUUCUGUGGAUAUUUCUUUUAUUGGUGAUGUAUUUCUGUCCCAGUGAUUUGUUUUCUGUCCUGUUUGUUAACCAAAAGUGAUUCAAACAAGGGUUAAGUCAUAGAUCGGAAACCAGUACAUUAAAUAAUAAAUGAACCAUCAAAAAGUGAUUCAGGAAAAUAAAACAACAGCAAAUCGAUAUCAAAAAUAAAAGAAACAUUGCUGUACUUUGUUCAUAGAAAUGCUUCUACAUUUUAUUUCUACUGCAGGUUGAAAAAGGCAAGAAGAUGAAGAGAAGCAGUAGAAGUACAGGAAGACAUUAUCAAUUCACAGAAUGAGCUGAUCAUGGUUGGCAGUGUUUCCCAGUUCUACUUUACCAUGCAAUAAAACUGAAGGAAAUGAUCGGAAAACUAUUUUACAUAUAUAGGUACAUGAUCUGAACUUGCACCACCUCCUCCUUCAAUGCUUUUUUAUGAAAAUCAUCAAUAAUUAAACCACAAUGGCCCCGCAUCCAUCUAUCCAUCCAUCCAUCCAUCCAUCUCUCCACUGCCUUUUCUCCAAAUCUGAGCUGUUUCUCCCCCUCGGAAAUGCAUCUGGAUGUCACCACAAAAAACAUGAAGUGGAAGCAGGGCACAGCAAAAUGUAAAGGUGUGACUUUAUUUGAGGAAACAAACACUGCCCCAGAUAUUUCAACAUGGGGGGAAACAAAACAGAAUAUAAAUAAAAAGCAACUUCAGCCUCU